UCUAUUUAAUCCCUCCUUCGAUCCCCCACUUCUCAUCACAAAAUCGUCACAAUUCUUAUUGUUAUCAGUGAGAGAGACAGAGCAAAGUAAGGAUGACUACUACUAAGCUUCUUCUCCUUUUUCUCCUUGGUGCCCUUGUUUGCACCACUACUCACGCUAGGAAGCUUGUGAGCCAAUUUGAGGAACAGAAGAAUUUCUUCCACCGCCGUGGUGGGCUUGGUGGUGGCGGAGGCGGUGGUUUUGGUGGUGGCGGUGGUGGUGGUUUGGGUGGAGGUGCUGGUGCUGGGGGUGGAGCUGGAUUUGGUGGGGGUGCGGGUGAGGGUGUAGGGAGCGGGGGUGGACUUGGUGGUGGUGGUGGUGGAGGGUUUGGUGGCGGAGGUGGUGGUGGAGUCGGCGGUGGUGCUGGGGCAGGAUUUGGAGGUGGAGCUGGUGGAGGUGCAGGGGUUGGAGCUGGACUUGGAGGAGGUGGUGGUGGUGGUGGUGGUGGAGGGUUUGGUGGUGGUGGUGGUGCAGGUGGUGGCGCAGGAGCUGGGUUUGGUGGUGGAGCUGGUGGAGGAGCUGGAGGUGGACUUCCUUGAGCAAAACUAACAAAGCAGGCUGCGUUACAUUACAAACAACCAUUCCUAUCUGUUUCUCUCUUUCUCUCUAAAUUUCUGAAAAUGACUUAAUUUAUUUACGUACUUCUAUCCUAUGUGGUAGCAAUGGUGUUACAAGAUAUGUGGUUUGUGUGUCUUUCGUCGUUUGAUUUAUAUUUACUGAUGUACUCCAAAUCUCCAAUGUUUAUGUCGAUCUAAUUAAAAACUUUC